CUUGUACGUCAGGCUUGAGUAAGAGCAGUGGAGUGACGCGAUCGAUAUGCUUGGUUUAUUAGAAUUUCAUCCUACCCCAGCUGUUAUCUGGCAUUUAUUGGUGGAACGAAAAUGUGAGUAGAUCCAAGCAGCCUGGUUAGAAAUUAUAAUUCGACCAGUACUCAGCGGCAUAAGACUGCUACAAAAGAACCCAAUCCGAGUAUAGCAUGGCCUCGGCAUCAAGUACAAGUGCUCGAAGCCUGUUUGUUGAUUCAAAGAUGAGGUUAGCAGACAGAGUGCAAGUUAAUGUCAAUAAUGUUGCCUCGUUAGCCCGGCAAAUACAGAGGGGAUCCCGUAGCAGCGAGAUAUUAAUGCAUUCCUCGAGGAAUUUCGCGCUGCAGGAAAACGGUUUCGAAAAUGCGGAAGCGAAUUUGAAGAAACUAGCGCUCAUCACGGCUCAUUUAGAAUUCCAACUAGAUGCCAUCGAUAGGAGUUCUGGAAAAUUGGAAGAAGUCACGGAACAAGUACGUGCCAUGCAAAGAUGAAGAUUCGGAAGGGCACUAAUAUGUUGAACUUCAUUCCCAAUCUGCCGAAUGAAACGAAGGCAGAAAAACUUUCAACUCGAAACUCUUCUAAAGAAGAAAUAAAAAUUCCGUCUUUAUUGAAAAUAUGUUCUCAUAUUGUGUGUCACAGUACUGAAAUGGAAAAUGGAUAAUAAAUACAAUUACUAUGCAA